AUGUGGUUGCCAAAACUUGAGUUCAUUGGUAGAGAUUGUUCACUGUCUGAGUGCGAGAAUAUAAGGUAUUUUCUUGAAAGAAAUCUAGCUAUCGAAAGCUUCCGUCUCAACUUAGCUCAUUCACCUUUUAAACCAGAAGAUGUCAAAUUGUGGGUUUUAGUUGCAAUUUCUCACUACCUACGUGAGCUGGAUAUUUUAUAUCAUGCUUAUCCGGACAAGCCAAACAUUUUGCCUAGAAGCUUGUAUACCUCCAAAUCGCUAGUGACUUUGAAUCUUGAAGGCAAGAUUCUCUUGGAUGUUCCUCGUAUGGUUUCUAUGUCCUCUCUAACAACUCUGCAACUUCGAGAAGUGAUAUACUUUGACGGAGAAUCUCUUGGACGGCUUCUAUCUAUUUGUCCUAUUCUUAAAGAUCUAUUGUUGGACUUUAGUGACACUCACAAUAUGGGAAUGAUCACCGUUAUUGUCCCGUAUUUGCAGAGUUUAUCUAUCUAUAUACCUUAUGAUGGUUUAAUCGAUGGGUUAAAGGUAGAUACUCCUUCUUUGAAGUAUUUCAAAAUUGAGAAUUAUAAUGAUGAGAAUCAUUCUUGUUUAAUUGAGGAUAUGCCUAAGUUGGAAGAGGCAUAUGUAGAUGUCUUCUUACCUGAUCUCGAGAGUCUUAUCGGAUCAAUAUUAUCUAUCAAGCGUCUUACGAUAGCUUCAGAGGCUGUGUACGUUGGCGGUUUUGUCUUCAACGAUCUCGAACAUUUGAAGCUAUGUGUGGGAUCAGACUAUGCGGCUAAUCUCCUUGUCCGGUUGCUCGAAGGUUCUCCCAACUUGCGAGUUAAUAAAUAUGGUGGUAUGGUUUGUUGGAAUCAACCGAUUAAUGUUCCUGAUUGUCUUUUGUCGAGUUUACAAACUUUCAACUGGUUAGGAUACUUGGGAAGACCAGUAGAGAGAGAUGUUGCCGUUUACAUCUUGGAAAACGCUUGUCGCUUAAAGACUGCAACAAUCUCUGUUGAUGAUUCUCAUAAUCCAAAACUUGAGAUGAUCAAAGAGUUGUCACUUGCUUCCCGAGCAUCAACCACAAGCCAACUCAUACUUGUUGAUGAGUCAGAUUGA